AUAUUCCAAAUAUUUUAUUUUUCUUUCUCUAAAUAAGGCAUCUCAUGGAGGAGAGGAGAAAGUCCACCAAACCAUACUUCGUCGUCUUGUCACCGCUCCUGAGUUCAUUAAUGCUAUAAAUCAGAAUAUAAGGCAGUUUUUUCUAACACCAAGAUAGAGAAAGAGAAAGAAGCAGUAUCUUGCAUCUUACCAGACAUCUCUCAUGUGAGCAACAUUGAUUCUUUGUUUGUGAAAGAUAUGGCUUCUUCAAAGGUUUACUUGUUCGAUGAGAUCGCCAAGCACAACAAAACCGAGGAUUGUUGGCUUAUUAUCUCCGGCAAGGUGUAUGAUGUCACCUCGUUUAUGGAUGAUCAUCCUGGAGGCGGAGAAGUUUUGCUGUCAUCAACAGGGAAAGAUGCAACGAAUGAUUUUGAAGAUGUUGGUCACAGCGAUGAUGCUAGAGGGAUGAUGGGAAAGUAUGUCAUUGGUGAGGUAGAUGUAACAACUGUUCCAACGAAACGUCUUUACGUAGCACCAGGUUUGGGAGGAACAAGCUCCAAAGAUGACAAGUCUGAGUUUCUGAUUAAGAUCUUGCAGCUACUCGUGCCACUCUUAAUCUUGGGCUUAGCUCUUGCUGCCCGAACCUACACCAAGAAAGAGUAGAGGCUAUUACUUGUACCCUUUUGAGGGGUUAGUUCUGGACUUGAUCAGUUUAAUUUUAAAUUACUCUUUUCUUUAGUUCCUCCCUUUGCAGUGUGUUUGUGCCAACUUUAGUCAGUGCUCCAUAAUUGGCCCGCUGGUGUGUUUGAACUGUUGGUCAAUGGCAACUGGACAAUGUCUGAUUUUGUUGGAUGAUAAGCAGGAAACGUUUCUUUUUUUAAA